AUGAAUUAUGAGAGCAGCCGCGUUGGCCACUCCUACAGAAAUGUCGGCAACGACCGACCGGUGGAAGUCACUUACGAUCACCACUUCGGUCUUCCACAGCACGUGCUGAGUGACAGCACCACCGUCCGAAGCGCCCACGGUCUUGCCCACCAACCAACCAAGCAGGUGCCCUCUGCACCUCUGACUUGCUCCCUGAAUGACGCGCGCAGAGGCAGUGCUGACAGCUUCGCUGCCAGCACUGUUACCUCAACAGCGCCGGGUGCAGUGUGGUCCGCGGUACCGUCCGCGUUGACUAGGAUGGUGGAUGAGGCCGUUGUCACAAUGGACCACGCCGUCCGCGUCCCGUCCGCCUUGCGCAGUGCUGGUCGCCGGACCAUGUUCGACGUUCUCGUCGACGUCGCAGCGAAACAGCGCAGGCGGGAGCAGUGGAAGACGAAGCUGCAUGAAUCAACAGAGGAGAAGAAUACUGCCGGUGAACCUAGUGCCACAUCCAGAGAUGCACAGAUGCAGGCUCCGCACCCGUUCAGCACAGCAGCGUCGUCGCUGGACGCAGCCUCCUCUGCUCGCGAAAUGACGUAUCAGGUGCUCUUUCCUCGAGCGGCAGCGGCUGCGACGGCAACGCGCCUGUCGUCAUCGACCACGACGGCCUCUGUUCCUGGCGUGGAGUCCGUACGAGUGCUUGGCAACGCUCACAGCGUUGCUGCCGCUCCUUCGUCUGAAGCUGCGGAGAUGACCUCGCUGAGCAAAGCGACAACCGCAGCAGCAGUAGCAGUGGUGCCCCCUUCCCCUAGCAGAACCAAGCACAUAUUCAUGUCUGCUUCGCCACUCUCAAACCCUCCGCCUUCGCCAUCUUCUCCGCUGCCGCUUGAGCGGGCGAAGCCGGACCGCCGCCUGCGCCAUCUUCUGCCAGCGCACUUGCGCGGCAGCCCGACUGCGUGGCAGAGAACCGAUGACAACUCACAGGGGCACACGCUGCAGACGGUGAGGAAGGACGGGACCGAUCGACCGCAGGCUCGUCAUGCAGACUAUCGCACUGGUGUGGCAGUGCUGGAUGCAUCGGAUAUCUCCAGCAUCAGCAGCUGCAGCGACGAUGAUACAGCGAGACCCAAUGCGCGGCAUCCACAACCUCAUCGAGGAGCGAGGCGGAGUGCGACCGGCUCCUCUGCAGCUGCGCCUACGUUGCACCCACAGGCGCCACCAGCGGCCACACGCCCGACAGUGUUUUCCAGGCUCAUCGACGGUGACACCGAGGAACUCGCGCGCCUCUCGUCCCGCCAUGAGGGAGGCGGACCACGACGACCAGAGCGACCUCCAGGAGUAACCGAGGCGCCAGAAAAGAAGUGGGCACUGCUGGAGCAGGCGCUCAUGGGAACGGCUGGGGCGGUGGCGUCGUCGCCGCGCGCAACUGGACCAAAGUGUUUCAGUGACCGCUGCCACCGCAGGCGUAGCGGACAUCAUCGUAUAGGUCGUACCACCACCAGUGGCAGCUCAGAGAGGAGUACAACGCACAGCAGGACUACUGACGCCUCUGCAUCAGACCUGGACAGCACGAGCAGCGGAGUGGAGAACUGUGGGCAGGGUGGUGGUGGCGUUGCCGACCUCCGCAACGACCUCGAUGACGAAGUACCACAGUGGGUGCGGCAGCACGAGGCCGCCCGUGAGCGCCUUGCCCAGCAGCAGCAGCAGCAGCAGCGCCGAUUCUCCUGGGCGUCACCCACGUUCAGCAAGGCACACAUGUCCUUCAUCGAGCGAGCAGCGGCAGCGGACAAGGCCCGGGCGCAAGCGGCGGCGACGGCGGCAGCACCGCAGGCGUUGGUCGGAAAGCCACGCUACUUCUGUCCUUCAUCGAUGGCGCCGCGCACGCCGAGUGCGGCAUCAUACGCGGCUGGCGGACUAGCGGGUUGGGGGACUUCUUGGUCGGCUGCUAGUGACGCGGUUCGAGGCAGGCAACACACCCGGAGCGCACUGACAGCAGCAGCGGCUGUGGCGGGUGCUCCGCAAUCUUUGCUUGCUGCUUGGAAGGACGGAAAGCGCCUGUUGAAGCAGCGCUCCACCAACGCGACAGCGGUGGCCGUGCUCGAGUACCUGUGCCAGCGCUUUCAGGCGUGGAAGCCGUGUGGGCUGCGGCUUCUGCGCAGCGGCAUCUGCUUCAGUGAAGCGGCAGCACCGCCGAUGGGGUCGCCCCUGUCGUGUGACGAGCACGAGAGGGACCCCGGCCGCCUUCUGGUGAACCCAGCGUGGGAUGAUGCUGUGAGAAACACUGACGGGCCUAUCGAAGACAUAUCGGGCACCAGCAGCGAUGAUGGCGGACGUCACACAUCUGCCGUGACAAGAAAAACAGCACGGAAACCGCGAAGAUUCAGCACGGUGGCACUACCAUCAGGCCUACCGCCACAGGGACGCUCAGGAAGCCCCAUCGGAGGUGUUACCGACUCACCGCACGAGGCAAGCGCACAGAGCAGAGAUCAAGGGAAGGCAAGCGAAUCCGCUGCUGCCGAGCUGGGCAGCGGCGGUGACGAAGGUGUGGAACUGCAGAUGAAGGUGCACUACAUGGAGUCCGCCUUCAACAUCGUGGCCGUGCAUGGUGAGCUUACGUAUGCGAGCGAGAGCGCCUGCGCACGGUUGGGGCUUGUUUAUCCCCUCCUUUCCUCCUCCCCCCGCCUGUCAUCAGGUGUCAGUGGUCGAGAAGACGCUGCGACAACGCCAACGGCGCAACAGCGACGGUGGACGUUUCUGGUUCCGGAGCCAGCACUCAUGCAUGUGCCAGUGCUGCUGCAGGAGCACCUCUACCUCGCCCCGCCCUAUACCGUCUUUCGGGAGAUGCAGACUGUCCUCUCUGGUUACAACUUCACAACAGACACGCUGCUGCGACAACACGUGGCGGAAGAGGAAGCCGCUCAGGAAGAGCGGCAGCGACGGCGUGCGCUCGAUAUAGCCAACGUAGCCAGUAUGGCAGCACCAACGAGGAACGCAGCAACGAGGGCCGCUGCAGUAGCGGACCGCACCGCGGUCGGUACCGGGUCAGCGUGGCACAUGUUUGAUAACGGCUACGAGGAAUCUGGUGAUCGUCAACGCGGGGCCAGGCCAACCCGCAGCGCGUCGCGGUGCAACGAUGCUGCCUCAAGCGUGCCGCCCCGCUGGUGGGCAGCACUUGAGGAGAACAGCGGAACUCCCGUCCACAAAGCCGCCCCGACCCACGCACGGACACCGACUUACCCUGCAGGCGCGCCCGUGGCGAGCUACUCCCCAACAUCCAUGCACCACGAGCUCGGUGGCCCGCCGCUGGAGUCCCCUCAACGGCCGCAGCGGCCCGUAGCGGACGAGGAGGACGCCCGUCUGCGAACCCACGCAGCCGACGGCGUGGAGACCCACACCUCAGCCACCGUGAGGCAGUGCGGCAGCGGUUGUGUCGGAGCGUCUCCAGAGCCGCGCCAACCCGCCCCUCACUGCCCACCAUCACUACCGCCGCUGCGUGAUGCUGGGUAUGGAUGCGACCCCGCCAACACUGAGACACGAUGGCGACAAGGCAUUCCACCAGGACAGCCAUCGUUGUCCCCGUCCUGCGUGCGCCCGAGCACUGCCAGCGUCAACUCAAUUGCCGUCGACGGGUUUUACGACCCACUCACGAUGCCUGCAUUGCCGACAACAGGUGCUGAGCGGGGGAUAAUGCCGUCUUGGGGCGCCAAUGAAAGGUGGGGCAACAGUGGCGGCGGCGACGGCGACACGAGAGGCACGGCCUCCACCACCACAGACGUGACGAUGGUGCUCACCAGGGAAUCAGAGUACGGCGCUGAGCGCGGCAUUGUGCCAGUGGUUGGGCUAGAGCAUGGGCUCGCUGAAGGACCUCGGGAAUUGCCGAUCCCACCUCAGAUGAUCGUGCGUCCGAGCAGCAGUUUUAGCUCACCCAGGGCAGUUGAGGCAUCGGCCGCUGUCUCUGGGGGUGCUCUCGGUGAUGAUACUCGGGCCCGCGGUGGCAACGCACUUGCCAGUGGGGUCGCUACCGUGACGACAGCAGCCAUCGCGGUGACCCCGCGGAUGGACAAGCGCAUUGGGGACGGCUUUCCGCGCGGCCCGACAGCGGACUGGGAUAUUCCUGUCGAGGUUCUCUUCGCGCUGAGUGGCGGAUUCCAUCAAUGGCGAAAACGAUCGGAACGGCCCUUGCAGCACACGCAGCAGCACUGCGAUGCCGAUGCUGACAGCAUAAGCGAGAACGAUGACAAGGAUGGGGCUUGCAUGGCGCAACGAAGCCCCACUGGUGUCCGUAACAUGGCUACCACCUCUGCACGCUUCACUCAAGAGCCAGUGCACGCGCGCAAGCGGCACCGACCUGGGACCCAGACGAGUGAUGACGCUUUUACAAUUACCAUGCUUGGCAAGACGUGCAGGGAGUUGGACAGUGCCACUGCAUCGCAGCUAGCCUUGCAGAAUAUCCCGCGGAGCACAACCUUCUCGUUUCCGACUCCGCAUUCACAGUCCUCCCCCGCUGCGUCUUCGGUCGCCUCAUCGACAGCGCCGUCAUCCAGCUCCCUCUCUUCCUUCUCAGAGCCAGAGGACGGGCACGACGACGGUGUGAAAGACGGCAGCACUGCCUAUGCGACCUGUGCACCGCGCUGGAAGGUGAGAGCGAGGGGGGUAGUGCGCAGGACGCGUCACGGUGCUCGUUGCAGUAGACUCGACGAAGUCCUCGCCACACGCCAACAGCAGCAGCAGCAGCAGCAGCAGCAGCAAGAGCGGUGGAUGCGCGAGCUGUGGGGCUCCGGAAAGCAGCACGACGCGCCCUCUGUCCUUCUUUCUGCGUCUUCUACUACCUCCGCACGGACUUCUGCACCGGCCGGCCUCUCUCAAUGCAGCGCGCAUCAGCGGCCGACAUCCCAGUCACAGAGGCGAUCCAUGGCGGGCCCAUCAAAACCGCUCUCCUCGGUUGUUGACGCGUCGGUAUCGGCGCCGAGUGUCGGGCGCGUUCCUGCCAGAACGAUGCCAAUAACAAGGGGGACGGGCGGCAACGGCAGUACGAGCUCUGCGCAACUCGCUUCGCCACUCCCAGAUGACGAUAGCGCCGUCAUGGUGCCUCACAUUAGCGCUUCGACGAGCCUCAGCGCGCUUGAGGCGAGCACCGCCACAGCAGGUGUUUUCGCUCUGGAAGACGUUUACUUGAGCGACUCUGUUUGA